GGGGCAGGAUCUGAGGCUCAGGCGGUGUGCUUAAAAUUAAUCAACAGCCCAGCACUGGGGUUAGCGGCUCCCUGUAGCUUAUACUGUUUAAUAUAUUUAUAAAUAUAUUUAUAUAUAUUCAGAAUUUAACUGAAAAUUGUGUAUAAUUCACUAGUUUCGGGGACUAGUUACCAACAGGGCUCAUCUUCUACUGAAAUGAAAGCGGGCGUGCUUCACUGUCGGUGCUCUAAAUGUUAUUCUCUGCCUGCGAGGAAACGGGUCCGAAAGCAGACCCGCUCCCUGACCCUGCUGUCCCUUCCUGAGGAGGUUCUGCUGUAUGUUCUGCAGUCCCUCUCCGCCGAGGAUCUGCUGGCUGUCCGAGCUGUGCACCCUCAGCUCCGUGAUAUCAUCGACAACAACUCGAGUGUCUGGGCACGGGUCAGCUUCAAGGAACGUUGGCCAGCUCCAGAUACUGUCUGGCUUUUUGAGAAAGCUGCAGAGAAAGGAAACUUUGAGGCUGCUGUGAAACUGGGAAUUGCUUAUUUGUACAAUGAAGGACCGCUGCUGAGUGAUGAGGGACGGGCUGAUCUGUGUGGAAAAAUGGCGGCUCGGUUCUUCAGCGUGGCGGAGAGCGUUCGCUCCAGCCUGGCCGACCCCUUCAUCUGGCUCUUCAUCCGGCCGCCCUGGUCCGUCUCUGGGAGCUGCUGCAAGGCCGUGGUGUAUGACCAUCUGAAAGCAGAGUGUGAUACCAACUUGGAGAGGAGAGGAGCGUUACUGCAUUGCCUCGCUCGAGUUCUGCGGCUGUUUGAUGAUGAGGAAAAGCAGGCAGAAGCUGUGAGGAUUUUGGAGGAGUCGUCUAACUGUGGCAGUGUGCAGAGCUCGUAUCUGCUGUGGGAGCAGAAUCGCAGCUCAGCAAUGAGUGACCCCGGUAGAUAUCUGCAGUGUUUGAGAACUCUCAGAGACUAUGCAGCCAAGGGCUGCUGGGAAGCUCAGCUGUCUUUAGCGAAGUCUUGUGCUACUGGGAAUCCUCUGAGUCUGGAGACCCGAGGUCGUGCUGAACUGGUGGCUCAGCUCUUUCGCUCCUGCCCCUCUCGCGUGCGACAGAACGGUGACCUGCACACACAGAGCAUCAACGACACCAUGAGGUAUAUACUGGUGGACUGGUUGGUGGAAGUGACCACUAUGAAGGAUUUCUCCAGUCUGGCUCUGCACGUGACGGUCGGCUGUGUGGACCGUUACCUGUCCCGCUGUUCUGUAGCUAAGACUCGGCUGCAGCUGCUGGGCAUCGCCUGCAUGGUGAUCUGCACCAGGUAUAUCAGUAAAGACAUUCUGACCAUCCGAGAGGCCGUGUGGCUCACUGAUAACACUUAUCAGUAUGAGGAUCUGGUCCGGAUGAUGGGGGAGGUCAUCUCUGUACUGGAGGGGAAGAUCAGGAUUCCCACGCUGCUGGAUUACGGCGAGGUGCUGCAGUCUCUCCUGCCCAUGGAACGGAGGAGCACCCAUCUCUACAGCUACAUCUGUGAACUGUCUCUGCUCUGCUCACCCCUCUCUGUUCCCAGCCCUGCCCACCUCGCCUGUGCCAUCCUGCUGCUCACCCGGGCAAUACACAAUUAUGCUCCUGUUUGGCCGGUACAGCUUGUGGAGAACACUGGCUUCUCUAAACAGGAUCUGGUGUCCUCUGCUUUGCUGCUUUAUAUUAAGUGUUUCAGUCAAGAUGCUCCCAAAGACUACAGGCACGUCUCCUUAAUCGGUGUGAAGCAGAGGUUUGAAAACGACGCCUAUCAUCAGAUCAGCAAAGAGACAGUGAUUGGGUUUAAGGAGCUGUGUCAGGUGCUGCAGGUUCCAGAGGUAGAACCUCAGAUCGAUCCUCCCACUUCCAGCAGCCACUCAGCCGACAUCCACAGCUUCCUGUCUUCUCCCGGGAGCAACAGCAAGAGGAGGCGAGAGGACAGCCUGCAGGAUCACCGGGGCAGCUUCAUGGCCACGCCUACAGCCGAACUGUCCACUCAGGAGGAGACUCUGCUGGGAGACAUCCUGGACUGGAGUCUGGACGCUUCAUGCUCGGGCUAUGAGGGCGACCAAGAGAGUGAAGGAGAGCGAGAUGCUGAGACCUCAGCUCUCGCUUUCCAGCUGCAGCCGUUCACAGACUCCCUGCACUGCCGGGCUCUCUCCAGCGACGACAGCAUGAGCGAAGAGGAAACAACCGCCACCGUCGAUGCGGCGUCUGCGGAGAGCGUCUGCAGCAGACCUCGGUUCCGCCAGCCCGGGUCCUCCUCCUCCUUCAACUCCAAACCGCUGCUCUGCAUCGACCUCCACAGCUCCGGCUACUCCUCCGUCCAGAGCAGCAGCAGCAGCCCCUCUACCUCCACCGGAUCCACACUGGUGCCGUGCUCGCUCUCCCCUGUUACCCUGGGGUCCGCCUCCGCCUCGCCCGGCUUCCGCCUCCUGGUGCCCAUGCAGCGCCCCUGUGACUCCGCCCACCGGCAGGUAAAGAGGAAGAACACGGCGGCACAUAGUGGAGAAGGGAUGGAAGUGGACGAAGAGGAAAUCGAGAUGGGCGUCAGUAAUGCCUCAUUUCUCAGCUAACAGACUCCAUAACUGAAUAAGUUUACAUCAGUCUAUUGAUUAUUCACUGAACUUUCAAAAAAUGCGUAAACAUAUGAAGAAAAGCACGCUAAUAGACGGUAAUUGGCAUUUAGCAUUAUGUUAAUAGCCUAAUUGACCUCUAUUAGCUUUUAUUUUGUGAUUAGCAUCACAUUUACAUAAGAACAGAAAAGGGGAAUUAUAUAAUUAACUAUUAAUGUAUAACAGGAUAAGAGGAAACCUGACCACCAUGCAGUGCAAUGCUGCCAUGCUUAAAUACUUCGUUCCUGUGUAGUUAAUGAAGAAUAAAGGAUGAAUGUUGAAUAACUAAGGCUUUAAGCAUUGACGACAAAAAAAAAACACAACUCAAUCCUCAAACCAUAUCAAACCACUGGAAAUAUGUUAUGCUAGAGAUAUUCUUGCUGUUAACUACGCAUUUUUGCAUGCACGAGUGUUGCGCACCAUUUAGAAAUGAACGUAAUACACAUGCAAGGUGCAGUAUGCACAAAAAUGUCAGCAUGAUGGAAAUUUGCUUUAAAGAAUGGCUACCUGUGUCUGACUAAUAAGUCAUAUCUAUAUGUGUGUGUAUAUAUAUGAGUCUGUUCCAUGUUGGCAAGUGGAGCCCCCUAGUGGAAGCCUCCAGUACCAAACAUGCCAUAUAAGCAUUAUGCGAGUAUAUAAAGUAUAUGGACUGUUACAUUCAUACAAUGUAGAAAGGUUGUCUACGCAAACAGCAAGUAUAUCUCUAGCCUCUCUUUCUGUACGAGACCUGUGCUAUAAAUCUACACCUCAACUUUACUAAACUCUACCUGUUUCACAUCAUCCUGCCCAAAAGACAAAAAAAGAAAAAAGAAAAGACUAUCAAGGACUUGUAUAAGAAGUUUUUUUUUUUUUAUGUAUAUAUAUGUACAUUAAUAUGUAUAUUUGUGUAAUAUCUUUUGUUACUUACUUUUUUUUUUUUUUUUUU